GUGCGCACGCAAUAUCCGGCGAGUGUAAAUUGAUUUCCGGGGCGGCGCUGAUCUGCGCAGGUGGGGAGCAUAAAUCUGCAGGCACUGGUGGAGUCGCCACAGCAGCGAGAGCGAGACGCAGCUCAUCCUGAGAUAUGGGUCAUCGUCUGCGCCUGCAAGGAGGGACCAGGCGGUUGCUGGCCGCAUUUCUGGCGCUCGUGGCAACAGUCUUUGUGGACAGCUCAUCAGCACUGAGUCUGGAGUUCCUGGAGCUAGGCUCCUCCUCUGCCAACCUCACUGGGUCUCUUCCUCGGGGAGACGAGGUGAACUCUGACCCCAUCUCCCUGCCAAAUGGCUUCCCUUUCUCCAAUGAAACGGAGUCCGUCGUUUUUGUGAAUGUCAAUGGAUACUUAUCCUUCAGAACAGCUAGAGACUACACCAGUCCUCCUGAGGAUAUUUCUGUCUACACUCAUAUCAUAGCUCCUUACUGGAAUGACUCUGACAUCACCGAACAAGGUGCUGUGCUAUAUGAAGUGCACACCAAUGGAUCACAGCUGGAUGCCGUCAACUCUGCAAUCAGUCAGGAUGUGGGUAUGGCUUUUGAGGGGGUGUGGCUACUUGUAGUGUACUGGAACAGCAUCCCAACUGCUGCUGACAGUUCAAAGAGGGACAGCUUCCAGGGAGUGUUGGUGACAGAUGGCACCAAGUCCUACUGCCUCUUCCUCUACCACUGUGACCUUCUGGAGUCCUCCAGAGCUGCCAUUGGCUUCUCAUCUUCUGGCAACUUCUUCUUCAACCACCAACUGUCUCUCUCCCCAGUUCCAGUGAGGUUGCCUGUGGCAACACUCCUGACAGCAACUGGAACUCUCUCCUCUUCCAAACACACUACGAUGGGGUCAGACCAAUCAUCCUCACAAAUCCCGAGGGGCCUGUCUUCAGAGCCGCUCAGUACAUUGACCUCCGCUGUAAGGUCGUUACCCCUGGAAACUAUCAGUUCAUCUGGGAGGCGUACUGCUCGGACGACCUGAUAUUCCAGAGUACAGAGUACAGUGAUAUCUCGAAUGUGGUCAGUCUGAGCUCAACUCCUGAUUCCUGUGUCGAUGUGGUGGUGUGCCGGGCGAUGGACGAUGCUGGGACGACUGCGGAGGACAGAUUCUAUAGCGGAAACAUCACCGGGGUGGGGCUAAGCAACAGUAUCAGGGAUAGCAUGUCCAGCAACAGUGGCAUAGAGGCAAACUCAGGCCACGCACUGGGGAGUGUGUACUGCCACUCAGCCUCCAGCCAGCCCAACCAUUGCAGUGGAUCGAUCCCACUGGAGCGGAGAUCCCAUUCCUUGGGAACCACAUAUUCCAGGUCCAGUUCCACAACGCCACCUUCCACAGCUACACUUCUAUCACUCUCAAAGAAGGUAUAUAGGGCUUACCAGU